AUGGCCGAUACUCAUUUGGCCCCGUCGGCUGCGGGGAACACGUCUUCCCGCGACUCUGGCUCGUCAAGUCCACGCUUUACACCUGAAUCAAACUACUCAGACGAGGAAUACUCCAUGUCAAACCCGCAAGCAUCACCGGCUAGGGCUCUGCGGCUUCAAACUAAUUUUGACGAAGAAGUGGGCACGGGUCAAUCAGGGCCCACUGAAGAAGAUUGCGAUUUGUUUGAUUCCGCAGAUGAAUUUGACAGCAAAAGCGUGAAGACGCCUUCUCGGCCGCGAUUCACUGCCGAAGAAGAAAAGCAAGUAGUGAGGAAAUUUGAUCGCAAGCUAGUCCCAUUCCUGGCUCUGCUAUAUUUGCUGGCAUUUCUAGACCGUUCGAAUAUCGGAAAUGCCAAGAUUGCAGGGCUGCAAGACGAUCUGGGUCUUUCGUCUAGCCAGUAUGAAUGGCUACUGACUGCGUUCUAUAUCACAUACAUUCUCUUUGAAUGGAUGACUCUGAUGUACCGUGUCGUGCCUCCGCACAUCUACAUCUCCUUGUGUGUGUUUAGCUGGGGGCUGGUGGCUUCGUUCCAGUCUCUCGCAACUUCUUUUGUGGGACUCGUGACUUUGCGCGCACUGCUCGGCAUCACUGAAGCAGCGUUUGGCCCAGGUGUUCCAUUUUACCUGUCACUUUUCUACCGGCGUGACGAACUAGCGUUUAGGAAUGGGCUCUUCAUCUCCGCGGCUCCGUUGGCAAGCUCCUUUGCGAGCAGUCUCGCUUGGCUGAUCGUCAAGAGUAGCAAGAAUGGUCCCAUCUCUCCAUGGCGUGCUCUAUUCCUCGUUGAAGGAUUUCCCAGUGUCAUUGUUGCUGUAUUCGCCUGGAUCGUCAUUCCAGAUUCACCAGGCCGUGCUCGGUUCCUUACUCGCCGCCAAAGAGUGGUGGCUCGCCUUCGAAUGGAAGACGGCCGUUCUGAAUUUAAACAGGCCUCCGUGCAACGCUUUCAGUGGAGGGAGGUCGUCAAGACCCUUGCUGAUCCCAAAGCCUACAUGGCAGCUGCUAUGUUUUUUAGCUGUAACGUUGCCUUUAGCUCGAUGCCAGUGUUUAUGCCGACCAUUAUAAAAGAUAUGGGAUUCUCGGCUCUGAGCGCGCAGGCUCUCUCGGCGCCGCCCUAUCUAGUUGCGUUUUUGGUUGUUCUCAUCACAGCAUGGGCCUCGGACCGUUCCCGCACCCGAAGCACCUAUCUCAUAGCUCAUGCUCUGAUUUCUGCUUUCGCAUACCUUGCUAUUGCCGCAACGGGUUACUUCCACGCCCAUAUUUCUCCGUCGGUACACACAUUUAUACGAUACGUCUGUGUGUACCCCGCGACUGCCGGCUUCUUCUCAGCCAUCACUUUGAUCAUCACCUGGGCGAUGGACAAUCGGAUCGAAAAGGAGGGCAAGGGCGCCAGCAUUGCCAUCCUGAACAUCAUCGGUCAGUGUGGGCCUCUUCUGGGCACCCGGCUGUAUCCUGAAACUGAUGGUCCUUGGUAUAUUCGCGGCAUGGCUACCUGCUCUUUUUUCAUGGUGCUCGUCGCCUUUCUUGCUAUUUGCCUGCGGGUCAUCUUACAGCGGGCCAAUCGUAGGGCAACAAAUGUCAUGUAUCAAGCAGUGAACCGCACUGGUCGGCCUCAACAUGGUGACGAGCAAGACGGGCUUAUGGGUGACGACGAUUGGAGAGAGAACCUUGAGCAUCGGAGCAGUGACCGUGGACUCGUAUAUAUCACCUGA